GGCUCUCUCUCCACACCUACACACACACACACACACACCCCGGGAUCAGUGCGCCUCUGCUGCGGAGCUUUGCGCGCUGGCAGGCCGGAGAGAGAUGACAACAGCCCCGCGGAACUGGCCAGACAAACAUGGAUCCCCGUAAAACGCUGAUUUCGGUGCUUUGGAUAUUAAUUCUGAACCCUUUGGAAGACUGCCGCGCGGAGGAAGUGGUGCUGCUGAAUUCUAAAGAGACACAAGCAGAACUGGGCUGGACCUCAUUUCCCCCCAAUGGGUGGGAGGAGAUAAGUGGCGUGGAUGAAAAGUACAAGCCCAUCCGGACCUACCAGGUGUGCAACGUGAUGGAGCCCACCCAGCAGAACAACUGGCUGCAGACCGGGUGGGUGGCGCGGCGAGGAGGCCAGCGCAUCUUCGUGGAGCUCCAGUUUACGCUCCGCGACUGCAACAGCAUUCCCGGCGUGGCCGGCACCUGCAAGGAGACCUUCAACCUCCUUUACGUCGAGUCGGACCGGGACCUGGGCGGCGUGACCCGGGAGGACCGCUACACCAAGAUCGACACCAUCGCCGCCGACGAGAGCUUCACGCAGGGGGAUUUGGGCGAACGAAAGAUGAAGCUGAACACAGAAGUGCGAGAGAUCGGCCACCUCAACCGCCGGGGCUUCCACCUCGCCUUCCAGGACGUCGGCGCCUGCGUGGCCCUGGUGGCCGUGCGGGUGUACUACAAGCGCUGCCUGGCCACCGUCCAGAACUUGGCCAUCUUCCCCGACACGGUGGCGGAGGCGGCCUUUUCCACGCUGGUGGAGGUGCGCGGCAGCUGCGUCAACAACUCCGAGGUGGACGCCGACAGCCCUCCCAGGAUGCAUUGCAGCGCCGAGGGCGAGUGGCUGGUGCCGAUCGGGAAGUGCAGCUGCAGCGCGGGCUACGAGGAGGGUCACAGCAGCUGCGAAGCGUGUCCCCCGGGAUCAUACAAGAUGUCCUCCAGGCAGCAGGAGUGCUUCCCGUGCCCUGCAAACAGCGUCGCCGAGGAUGAGGGCUCAGUGGCGUGCGUGUGCGAGGAGGACCACUUCAGAACCCCCCUGGACUCGCCCUCCUCACCGUGCACACGUCCUCCCUCACCACCUCGAGACUUGGUCUACACCCUGAAGCAGUCGACUCUCAUCUUGGAAUGGGGCGCGCCAUCAGACACGGGUGGCAGAGUCGAUCUGACCUACACCGUGGGCUGCCGGCGGUGCGCCGGCCGGCAGUGCGAGCCCUGCGGGGCGAGCAUCGGCUUCGUGCCUCAGCAGGUGGGCCUGGCGGAGAGAACGGUGACCGUGGUCAAUCUCCUUCCCAACACCAACUACACCUUCACCGUGGAAGCUUUGAAUGGCGUGUCGGAGCUGCUGCCCGGCAAGAGGUUCUACGCCCAGGUCAACGUGUCGACAAGCUUGCCUGCGUCAUCUCUGGUCAGUCAACUCCGAGCCGAGAAGAUUGAGGAGAAGAGCAUCACGCUGGUGUGGAGGCAGCCUUCGUCGCCAAACAGCAGCAGGACGGAAUAUGAAGUCAAGUACUAUGAAAAGGAGCAAAAGGACCAGAGUUAUUCCACCAUGAAAACGGCCGCCACCCGGAUCAGCGUCAACAACCUGAAAGCCGGCACCACCUACGUCUUCCUCAUCCGUCCCUUCACCACGCCCGCGCCCUCCUCAUCCCUGGCUUCGUCCCCUCUCUCCUCCUCCUCCUCCUCCUCCACGUAUCCCUCGUCCUCAUCUUCCUCGUCCUCCUCGUCCUCGUCUCCUCCUCCCAUCGACUACGGAGCCUACAGCGCUCCCCUGGAGCUGCAGACUCUGGGAGAGUUGGCUCUAGCGUCCAGUGAACAGAGUCCAGUGGUGAUCAUCGCCAUCGUGUCGGUGGCAGCGCUCGUCAUGCUCCUCUCCAUGGGAGUGGGACUGCACAUCUGGAGAAGACAAUGCGGCUACAGCAAAGCCUCUCAAGAGGGAGACGAGGAACUUUACUUCCAAUUCAAGAUUCCCACACGAAGAACCUACAUUGACCCGGAGACUUGCGAGGACCUGCUGCAGGCGGUCCAUGCCUUUGCCAAGGAGUUGGACAACUCCAGCAUCAAGAUAGAAAGGAUUGUUCACACAGGCGACUUUGGGGAGGUGUGUCGCGGCUGCCUCAAGCUGCCGAGCAAGAGAGAGCUGCCGGUGGCCAUCAAGACGCUGCGAGCGGGCUGCUCGGAGAAACAGCGGCGUUUAUUCCUCAGCGAGGCCGGCAUCCUGGGCCAGUUUGACCACUCCAACAUCAUCCGGCUGGAGGGCGUGGUCACCAGCGGUAACACCAUGAUGAUCAUCGUGGAGAGCAUGUCUAAUGGAGCCUUAGACUCCUUCCUGAGGAAACACGAGGGUCAGCUGAGCGUAAUGCAGCUGAUGGAUAUGCUGACUGGUGUGGCGUCGGGGAUGAAGUACCUCGCCGAAAUGGGCUUUGUUCACAAGCGCCUGGCUGCACACAAGGUUCUGGUGAACGCCAACCUGGGCUGCAAGGUGUCUGGCUUCAGACCUCUUCAAGAGGACAAAAUAGAGGCUAUCUACACGACCCUGCACGGAGGGAAGAGCGUGGUGCUGUGGACCGCUCCAGAGGCCAUCCAGUAUCACCGCUUCUCCUCGGCUUCAGAUGUCUGGAGCUUUGGUAUCGUCAUGUGGGAGGUCAUGUCCUACGGGGAGAGGCCCUACUGGGAUAUGGGCAACCAGGAUGUGAUCAAGGCCAUCGAGGACGGAUUCAGGCUGCCUGCGCCGGUGAACUGUCCUCCACAUCUGCAUCAGUUAAUGCUGGACUGCUGGCAGAAGGAGAGAACAGAGAGACCCAGCUUUAGUCAGAUACACUCAGCGCUCAGCAAGAGCAUCCGCUCCCCGGACGCCAUCGGCUCCUCCACGUUGGCACGAAGGACUCUGAGUUCUUCAAUUACACUAGCAGAAAGGCCUCUCCCCACCUUCCCGUCGUUUAACUCGGUAGGAGAGUGGCUGGACGCUGUGGACAUGGGCCGAUACAAGGACAACUUCACUGCCGCAGGAUACUGCUACUUGGAGUCGGUGGCACGGAUGACUGUACAAGACGUACUAAGUCUGGGCAUCACUUCCCUGGAGCACCAGAAGCUGAUCCUGACCGCCAUCCAGACCCUGAGGGCCCAAGUCAUCCAAAUGCACGGACGGGGGGUGCAAGUGUAACCGACCGUCACCCGCAGACCACUACUGGGCACGUGCGGACGUGGACGACGGGGGAGGGAGGGGGGGGGGCGGAGAAGAGGCAAGAGAGACUACCGUACGUCUUUCCACGUGAAGGACACAUGAAAAGACCUCCUCCGAAUCACUCCCGAUUCCUUCCUUCCUUUCUUUUUUUUUUUACUACCAAGCCCCUCAGAGACCAGGUGAUUGGGGGAUGGAUGGGAGGAGCGAUGUCAUGUGACAAAAACUUUCAGCAGAAUCGGGAUGAUUCUCGCGAAGACGGACUACUUUUUCCCUUUACCAUUGUUAGGUUUUUUUCCCCACCCCAAGUACUGUUUUAGUGGGGACCCCCCCCUCCCCCCCUCCCCCCCACCACCACCGUCUGGUUUCACUUUGAACAACACCAAGAUGCAAAUUAGCGUCGCCGAAUGCCAGAAGUGAUCUCGUAUCAGAUGGCGAAGGAAUAUUAAAAAACGGCAGGCGUGUAAUCCGCACUCGGAGCGGCAGCUGUCGGUCGUUACGGAGCCUGAGCGGCCCCCGUGCAAAGAGGCUCCAACACAUUUGAAUUUGGUGGGUAAACGAGGCCUGCAAAAACACUUUAAACCCGACGGGGGGGCUUGAUCGACUAAUUUUUCAGGAAUAUCCGAGCGCUCUUCUUGUUCCUCCUCAGAACUGCUGAUGGCUGGAGUGGAAAGAGUCGUGUGUUUGAUCACCCAUAAGUUAAGUCCUCGUCCUCCUUUUUAUUCUUCUUAUCUUUCCCCUCAAACUGUGUCUGGUACGUGCUAAUGAAAUAUUUACCUCCCUUUUAGCCUCAAGGUCAUCUUAAUCUUUCAUAUACUUAUUUUUAUUUGUCAAAACUGACUUAUCUUCUCCAAAGAGUACCGCGUUAAAACUGCUGUAUGUCAACAUGUUCAACACCACCACAAGACAGCGGUUCUCAAAGUUUUUCUCCAACUACCACCGUAAUGACCCAAACGGUAGCAAAGUAGUCCUAAGUAUUCAUUAAACAAAGUUAAAGUAUCACUGAUAGUCUCACACACACACACACUAGGUGUGGUGAAAUUACUCUCUGCAUUCGACCCGUCCCCUUGUUCCACGCCCUGGGAGGUGAGGGGAGCAGUGAGCAGCAGCGGGGGGCCACGCUCGGGAAUCAUUUCCAAUUCCAACCCUUGAUGCCGAGUGCCAAGCAGGGAGGUAGUGGGUCCCAAAAAGAAGGCAGAGGUUUUAUUUAACAAGUAUAUUUAAGAUUUUGGCCACACAGUUUGAACAGUAACACUGUUUGAUUAUAGGAAAAUCAAACGCUGUGAUUCUAUGGUGUGCCACAGUUUGAGAACCACUGGUUUAA